AUGGGCAUGACAUGGAGAGCACAUGGCACGGGAGGACAUGUGCAGGGCGGCCCCCGCGUCGCCAGCCGCAGCUGUGGUCCCCGGGCCCGCGGCGGCGUGGGGCCGGCAGGGCUUGGCGCGCUGAUCCCUGGCCCGCUCUCGCCCAGGCCGUCGGGGAGCAAGGCCGGGCAGGUGUGGGCGCCCGAAGGAUCCACCGCCUUCAAGUGCCUGAUCUCGGCCCGGUUCUGCGCCGCGCUCCUGAGCAACGUCUCGGACUGCGACGAGACCUUCAACUACUGGGAGCCGAUGCACUACCUCGUCUACGGGAAAGGGUUCCAGACCUGGGAGUACUCGCCUGCCUAUGCCGUCCGCUCCUAUGCGUACCUUUGGCUUCACGCCUUGCCAGCUUUGUUCCACGCCAGAGUCCUACAGACCAAUAAGGUUCUCAUCUUCUAUUUCCUGCGAUGUCUCUUGGCCUUCGUGAGCUGCGUGUGUGAGCUCUAUUUUUAUAAGGCCGUCUGCAAGAAAUUUGGGCUGCACGUGAGCCGGCUGAUGCUGGCCUUCCUAGUUCUCAGCACUGGGAUGUUCUGCUCAGCAGCGGCCUUCCUUCCCAGCAGCUUCUGCAUGUACACCACAGUGAUCGCCAUGACCGGUUGGUAUAUGGACAAGACCUCCAUCGCCGUGCUGGGGGUGGCCGCGGGAGCCAUCAUGGGCUGGCCCUUCAGUGCUGCUCUUGGGCUGCCCAUUGCUUUUGACUUGCUGAUAAUGAAGCGGAGGUGGAAGAGCUUCCUGAACUGGUGCCUGGUGUCACUGAUCCUAUUUUUGGUCCCCUUGGUGGUUGUGGACAGCUACUACUAUGGGAAACUGGUUGUUGCGCCUCUUAACAUUGUAUUAUACAAUGUUUUUACACCUCAUGGACCCGACUUGUACGGUACCGAGCCCUGGUCCUUCUAUUUCAUUAACGGCUUUCUGAAUUUCAAUGUGGCAUUUGUCUUGGCUCUGCUCGCCCUGCCGCUGACCUACCUCAUGGAAUGCCUCCUCCAGAAGUUCCACGUUCAGAAUCUGGGUCGCCCAUACUGGCUGACGCUGGCUCCUAUGUACCUCUGGAUCAUGAUUUUCUUCAGUCAGCCGCACAAAGAGGAGCGGUUUCUCUUCCCCAUAUAUCCCCUCAUCUGUCUCUGCGGAGCUGUGGCUCUUUCUGCCCUUCAGAAAUGUUACCACUUCGUAUUCCAGCGUUACCGCCUGGAGCACUACACGGUUUCCUCCAACUGGCUGGCCCUGGGGACGGUCUUCCUCUUUGGGCUCUUGUCACUGUCACGCUCAGUGGCCUUAUUCAAAGGCUACCAUGGGCCUCUGGACCUGUAUCCGGAGUUUCACCGAAUUGCCACUGACCCGACCAUUCACACAGUGCCAGAGGGGAGGCUGAUUCAUGUCUGCGUGGGCAAGGAGUGGUACCGAUUUCCCAGCAGCUUUCUCCUGCCAGACAAUUGGCAGCUCCAGUUCAUCCCAUCAGAGUUCAGGGGCCAGUUACCGAAACCAUUUGCCAAGGGACCAAUGGCCACACGGAUCAUUCCCACAGACAUGAACGAUCAAAACAGAGAAGAGCCAUCCAGAUACAUUGACAUCUCCAAGUGCCAUUACCUGGUGGACUUGGAUGCAGCCACUGAAACACUAAGGGAACCAAGAUACUCCUCUAACAAGGAAGAAUGGGUCACCAUUGCCUACAAACCCUUCCUAGAUGCUUCUAGAUCCUCCAAGUUGCUGCGUGCGUUCUACAUCCCUUUCCUGUCCGAACAGCACACGUCAUACGCAAACUACACCAUCCUCAAGCCCCGGAGGUCAAAGCAAGCCAGGAAGAAGAUAGGAGGUUAGCAAUGCACCCAGUGAACCAAAAAAGGCUCAUUGCUGGCCAGCUGCUUACACCUUCCCAAAAUCCCCCUUUAGAAAAAAUGUGCUUGUAAGAUUCAAUAAUAAAGAUCUCCCCAGUGAUUUCACUCUGCGAGCCUCCAGCUGCAAAGGGUACAUCAUCUGCUCGGUUCGUGGUGUCAGGUCUCCGCUCUGCCUACACACUCUGUUUCCAGAACACGUUGGUAAGAAGCCGUUUGAAAAUCCUGCAGCCACCUACGAAUACACAUUAUCCCCGCUGCUGCCUGCAUCAUGGCUUAUUGGGCUAGAGAAGAGAAACAACUACAGCAACAAGAUGCGACUGUGUUCAGCUGUGCUCCAGGAUACAGUUUGCUACCAAGAAAAUCCAGAGCCUCUUCUCUCUCCCUUGCCAUCUCUCUUUCUCAGUAGUCCUCAUCUACUUAAUAACUGCUUGCCUACUCCUCCAAACUAUUUUCAGACAUUAGCACAUAAAAAAGAGACCACAGCAGAGACACUGAUUCUUAAACACAGAGAAUCUCUGUCACCAGGACAGUUCAUCUCAUCCCAUAGAGAAGGGGUGCUAGGAGCCCAGGAGAGCAUGGUCCAAGGAAACACUUGCACUUUGGAGCAAAAAGCAAAAACUGUGACUGCAAAUUCUGCCUUUUCCCAGGUUCUGGUUUGCUUUUCUUUGAGCUCCAUUUGACUCAUUUCUUGUCCUCAACGUCCUAAAAUGACCAGGGGCUUUGUUUAUUUUAUUUAUUGUUGUUGAUUAUUUGUAAAGAAUGUAUGAUAUC